UUGCGCCCGAUGUUCCCUGUGACACUCAACCACCCCGCAUUUGAACCACCCAAAAAUGCCUCCUCACCCAGGCAUACCCAUCCAUCACUUCCAUCCAACACAACAUUUUCUAUUCUAUUCCAAGAACUCACGCCAAAUAAGUAUUCAAACACGGACUUUCACUCAGAGAAAUCCAUCGUCUUCAGUGACUUGCUAGGCCAGAACACCCAAGAUGUCCUCCAAGGUUCAGGUCCUGGGCGGAACUCCUACUGACAAAGAACUCGGCCCAACCGUCAGCACCCUCCCCGCUGCUGUACCAGACCGAUCCGUCGUUCUGCACGGCUCCCUCGCUACACUCGAACCUUGGUCAACGCCAACUCACUGGGCCAGAUUUUGGCGCAACCUCCAGCUACUUGAGAACCAAUGGUUGGUGGACUACUUUCCGUUCGACGAGGUCCGCUCGGAAGCGGACCUGCGCAAGCAACUCGACGAUCUGGCUGCUGUGCCGGAUGUUAUUUUGUACGCCGUCCUAGCUGAUCCGGCACACCUGAACCCGGUGAAAGCGGCGGAUGGAGAGGCAGGCUUUGUGGGGCAUGCAGAGGUGUUCGGAUUCAUGGCGUAUUCGCUGGCUGGUACGGCGCACCGUGAGAUUGAGGUGGGAGCGUUGUUUGCACCGGCGCUACAGCGGACGGCAGCGGCAACUGAGGCGCAUUACGUCAUGUUGAAGAAUGUGCUGGAGCCGGUUCGCGUGCAGGAAGGAAAGUCUCUGCCGUAUCGGAGAGUGUCGUGGAAGUGUAACAGUCUGAACGCGGCAUCCCGCCGGGCGGCGGAGCGGCUCGGGUAUGUGUAUGAGGGGACAUUGAGGAACCAUCAGAUUGUGAAGGGAAGGUCGAGGGAUACGAGUUGGUUUAGCAUAAUCGACAACGAGUGGCUAGUGAUAAGGAUUGCCUUGGAGAAGUGGUUGGAUCGGAGCAAUUUUGAUGAGCAUGGAAGGCAGGUGAAAGCGCUCGACAGUAUUCGGGCAGAGUUGACUGCAACAGCCGAGUAUUCUGACAAGUAAACAGCUACAUUUCAAAGGUGCAGCAUUUUCUCUAUCAGUAGAAUGUAAAGCUGUGUUUUUGUGCCUACAGCAGGAAAUCCGAUUCUAAAUGUACUAAUUAGCUUGAGCUAGCGAAAGUACAAUUUAGUAUCUUCCCUCAAAU